AUGUUUCGUGGAGAAUUUAUAGUUACUAAGUUCCUCCUCGUACCUAUAUUCUUUACUCCUAUAUUAGCAGAAUGGAAUACGAGGGACUACAUAAGAAGGGAACAUUCUCUUACAAAGCCGUAUCAGGGAAGUGGAAUGUCUUUGCCUUAUUGGGACUUCUUAGGUAGCACCAUAGUUACUUCAAAUUACGUCCGAUUAACCCCAGACUUGCAGUCUAAAUCAGGGGCCAUUUGGAACACCGCGCCGUGCAACACGCGCAACUGGGAGCUGCAGGUGCAGUUUAAGGUUCACGGCCGCGGCAAGGACCUGUUCGGGGACGGACUCGCGCUGUGGUACGUCCGCGACAGGAUGCAGUCCGGCCCUGUGUUCGGCAGCAGGGACUACUUCCACGGACUCGCCAUCGUGCUCGACACGUACAGCAACCACAACGGUGCCCAUAAUCACCAACACCCCUACAUCUCCGCGAUGAUAAACAACGGCACCCUCCACUACGACCACGAUCGCGACGGCACCCACACCCAGCUGGCGGGCUGCGAGGCCAAGUUCCGCAACUUCAACCACGACACGCACCUGUCAAUCAUCUACAAGGACGACACUCUGAUAGUUUCAACGGACUUAGAUGGCAAGAACGCGUGGAAAGAAUGCCUCAAAGUUGAGAACAUAUUGCUUCCAACGGGCUAUUUCUUUGGUGCUUCCGCCACUACUGGUGACUUGAGUGACAACCAUGACAUAAUCGCCAUAAAGAUGUAUGAAUUGGAUCUCCUCGAAUCGCAAAACAAAGAUGAGGAUAGAUCGAACAUCAUCCCAUCCGCUGCGUCCUACGAAGCGCCAAGAGAAAGAGUUGAAGACUCCAAACCUGCCAUGUCCGGAGUGAAAACUUUCUUGUAUAUGAUGUUCGUAGCAAUAGUCAUUAUAGUAAUAGUCGUAUUAGGCAUCAUGUGGUACCAGAAAAAGCAGGAACACUCUCGAAAGAGGCUCUAU